CUUCUAUCUGCAAAACAACUUAUAGUUUCUUUGAAAUUACCUUCAAGUCUUUCGAAAUGGAGCCCCAGUUUCGAGUGAAGCCAAUACUCAGCCAUUCUUCUACUAUGGCACUUAAAUCAGUUUCGAAUCGCCUCGUGUACAAUAUGCACACAGGCUAUCUAUUUGUCUGCAACGACAUAAGAAGCAACGUCCUCUUGGCUCUAUUCUUUGGAGCUCUGGGUGCCUCCGUUGCCCCUAGCUUGUCUAUGGGAGAAAGCCGGUCCCUCAGCCAUAUAGUGGCGUCCGCACCUCGGGCAUUGUUAUGGUCAUGGGCAAACCUAUUCCUAUUCAACCUCCACAAUCAACGUCACUCAGCUGCAAUCGCAGAAGACGCCAUCAACAAGCCAUGGAGGCCCCUCCCCGCCAAGAGACUUACACAGGAGCAAGCUACACUGGUCAUAUAUGCCAUGUAUCCGACGAUGCUAGCUAUCUCCUUGACCUUCGGUGGCCUAGUGCCUUCUGUACUGGAGGCCUUCUUGUGCCUGUGGCAUAAUGAACUUGGCGGGGAUUCAGACCCCUUUCUUAAAAACACCCUGACUGCAUUCGGACUCGCCUGUUUUCUAGCUGGGCCACUCGAGGUUAUUACCGGCCGAUCUAUUUUCUCCGGGAACAGUGAGGCGGCUAUAUGGCUAUUCAUGAUUGCUAUUGCUAUUGCUACAACCGUCCAUGCCCAGGACUUUCGAGACAUGGAGGGGGAUAAGGCUACAGGGAGAAGUACGGUGCCUCUCGCAAUGGGGGACACGGAGUCAAGAGCACUACUGGCUAUUGGGGUAGUAGGUUGGACAUACGCAGCUGGAUUGUUCUGGGGAGUUAGCUGGAGAGAGACCAUAACAGGUUGGAUGUUCGGGAUGGUGAUGGUGGGAAACGCGUUGCUUGAUAGAAGUAUGGAUGGCGAUAAGCGGACGUGGAAGUUAUGGACUUUUUGGAUGUUGGGAUUGUUCCUAGUCCCUUUUCUUAAGGAGGUGAAGAUUUGAAGAUGUGAGUAUUUUUUUACAGCUUAGAUCAGAGUUUUAUUCAACUCGAUACAUAACC